UCGUUCGUGGGCCGAGCUUGGCACGCGUACCACGCUGAAUAUUGCUGAGAGCUCUGGCGAGGGGAGCACCUCACACGCGCGCCAGUACCCCUCCGACCAGCGAUGCUGUGCUGUCUCCGGAAAUAGAAUCAGGUGCGCGAGUGUCAGUGCAAAUGACUAAGAGCCCGCCGUGACGGGCUGAACUUUACAAAAUGUGGACCAAGAGAUUAACGCUAUGGAGGCUUACGUUGUGCGUGCUGGUGUCAUUAUCGGCGCUGGCCGCCCUGUCGCAAGCUGACGGCGAAAUACCUUCAGAAUCACAGUGCCGUCCUUACAUCGAAAAAGCCCUUAAAGAGCUUGAAUCUGGAGAUUCGGAAAAAGAUUCCACAGAAAAAAACGACAGUAGUGAAUUAAGUAUAAACGACGACACGAAUGAAAUAAGCUCUUCAGAAAAUGAUGGGGAAACGCUAGAGGCCGGGGAAAGCAACGAAGACGAUACACCUUCUGUUGAGAUUGCAGACGAACCCUAUGUAUCUCAAUUAUCUGUGGAAGAUUUAGAUGACAAGCCGGACGAAUCUAGUGAGGACGUUGCGUCUGGACCUCAAGACGAAGGUAGUGUCGAGCAGUCAGAAAAUAACGAACAAACUGAAGACGGAGACAGCAAAGAAGAUGGAGAAGCAUCUGCUGAAGAGACAGCUGAGCAAGACAGCGGUGAUGAAAAAGAAAGCGAGGAUGGCGAUGAAACAGAAGAUUCUAGAGAAGAUAGUAAGGAAACAACAGCCAAUGACGAAAAUGAUGAUUCGAGUAAAGAAGAUGGUGAAAACGAUCAAUCUGACGAUAUAAAUGAAUCUGCGGAUGAGGAAUCUUCUGUUGAGGCUAAGGAUGACAAGUCGAGUGAAGAUGAUGACGGAUCUCAUGAAAAGGCUGAUGAUGAAAACAAAGAAGACCAGGGCGAAUCACUUGAAGAAAGAGAAGACGGGGCCGAUGAACAAUCAGACGAAAAAGAUGAUCACUCAGAAGACGGAAAUGGUGAGACUAAUGAUUCGGAAGAAGCACAAGACGAUGGUUCUGAAGAUAAAAAAUCUGCAGAGAAUGAGACUUCUGGUGAAGAUAAGGAUGAAUCUAUCGAAGAAAAAGUUGAAGCUGAAAAUAAAUCAGACGAGGAAGAUAAGGAAGAUGUAUCAAAGGAGAACGAUGAAAAACAAGAACAAGACAGUAAAGAAGACAACAUCGAUGAAGGAAAAUCUGAAGAAGCAAAAUCCGAUUCUGAUGAUGAUGAGAAAGAUGAGAAGACGUCCGACGAGGAGGAAGGAGCUCCUGAAGAAGAUCUAUUGUUGACUGGUGAAAUUCCUGAAAAUCUGAGAUCUCGUGAGCAUAUCAACCAGAUUCUGAGACUAGACGAGGAAGCUAGUGAAGCUGAAAUAACCGUUGAGAGAUCGGCAGAUAUAGUACUCAGGGACUUGAAAAGACUCUAUGAGAAUUCUAUCAAACCAUUAGAAGGUCUUUACAAAUACAGAGACUUAAGUAAUCGUCAUUUUGGUGACCCUGAAAUAUUCUCUAAGCCUUUAGUACUCUUCAUGGGACCUUGGAGUGGUGGAAAAUCAAGUAUAGUGAAUUAUUUAACUGGCUUGGAGUUUACAGAGUGGUCCUUGAGAACAGGUGCUGAACCAUCGCCUGCCUAUUUCAAUAUCCUAAUGCAUGGAAAAGAUCCUCAAGUUUUGGACGGUACGCAACUGGCCGCCGAUUGGACGUUCUCUGGCUUGCAGAAGUUUGGUCAAGGAUUGGAGGAGCGACUCAGGGGCUUGAAACACCCCAGCAAAAUAUUAGAAAAGGUGAACAUUGUGGAAAUUCCUGGUAUUUUGGAAGUUAGAAAACAAGUUUCACGAGUUUUUCCAUUCAACGAUGCCUGCCAAUGGUUCAUUGAUCGAGCGGACAUUAUCUUCCUUGUUUAUGAUCCUUCUAAAUUAGACGUAGGUCCGGAGACUGAAGCUAUUCUCGAUCAACUCAAGGGUAGAGAGUCCCAGACCCGUAUCGUGUUGAACAAAGCGGACUCCGUCAAACCCGAAGAGCUGAUGCGAGUGCAAAGCGCGUUGAUCUGGAACAUAUCUCCACUGAUGAGUUCCCCGCAGCCCCCGGUCAUGUACACGGUGUCGCUGUGGUCGAUGCCGUACGAGGGCGGAGCGCCCGUGCGACUGCUGCAGGCCCAGGAGCGCGAGCUGCUGCGUGACCUGCGACACGCCAUCGACAAACGCAUCGAAAACAAAAUCGCUAGUGCUAGGAGAUUUGCCGUUCGAGUGAGGAACCAUGCGAAGAUGGUUGAUUGUUACCUUACUACCUACUAUAACCAUAAAACAAUUUUUGGCAACAAGAAGCUCAUAGCUGACGCCAUUACUGAAAAUCCGCAAAAUUACCACAUCUACGAGGGGCUUAGCACACUUACCAAUAUUUCAAGGUAUGACUUGCCGGAUCCGGAAACAUACAGAGAUUUCUUCCGGCUGAAUCCGUUGUACGAAUUCCAACAAUUGUCGGCAACAUGCACCUACUUCCGCGGGUGUCCGAUCACAAGGCUCGACGUCGCUAUCGCCUAUGACCUGCCGGAGCUUGUGGGCAAAUACAAGAAGAUGGUCGAGAGUGCUACGCCCCAAGGCAUGCCCAAGAGUUGAUGCUUCAGCGAACGAACGAACCCCGCGCCACUUACCUAACUCCUGCUUAUUAAUUUUAGUAAAAUUGGGUUUGUAAUAUUUUGGGCACAUUCUGCAUUUCAUUGUCUAAUCGGGCAUCGAAACAAAAAAAAAAAAACUUCGCAUUUUGUUUUACGUCUCUAAUAUCUUAAUUUUUAUUUGCUUACACGAAUCUCGCUUUUUUUCCGUUUCGAGUGAAUGACGUGUUUGUAUGGUAAAUUAUUUUCAUUGUGUUUCUUUGAACGUUAUUUAUGGUUAUAGUAAAAAUAAUUUGCAAGACAAUUUUCGAUAUUUUAUAACAAGAAU